AUGCUUGCGGCACUCGGGCCGCUCUGUGGCGCGCUCGUGGCGCCAUCAGCUCUCCGCGCCGGGCUCUCCAACGCCGUUGCCUGCCGGAAGUCGAGCGAGACUGUCCACGACGUGAUUGUGAUCGGCGGCGGGGUGAUGGGCGCGGCCACAGCGGCGGCAGCAGCCAAGGCAGGGGCGAAGACUCUCCUUGUGGAGCAGUACGGGCGGUGCCACCCGUACGGAUCGUCAGCAGGCGAUGGGCGUAUUGCCCGCAUUGCCUACGACUGCCCAUUGUAUGUGGGCCUCGCCCACGCCGCCCACCGCAUGUGGGACGAGCUCUCCGCGAGGGCGCCGGAACUGGCGGCUGGCGCGCCGCACCGGGUCGACACGCCGUCCGGCUCGGGCACACCUGGAGAGCCUGUCCUCGCUGCCUGGGUUCCACGCCUUGGCCAGCCCGUUCGCCGCGUUUGCGGCUCGCUCGACUUUGGCCCCAGCGACUCAGAGUCGCUGGCGAGCCUCAUGGCCACCUACGACGCACUCGGCGAAGUCUACGAGCUGCUCUCCCCGGACGAUGUCGCCGCUCGGUUUCCGCAGUUCAAGCUGCGGCCCGGCGACUGCGCGGUGUACCAAGCAGCAGGAUCAGUGGUGUACGCUUCGCUUGCAGUGGCCACGCUCUACGCAGCAGCCGAGGCCGACGGCGCGGCCGUGUGCGAGCACACCCGAGUCGGCAAGAUCGAACUCGGCGAGCAAGGCGCGGUCCAUCAGGUAGUAGCCGACGACGGCCGUGCGUGGAGGGCACGCAAGAUCGUGGUGACUGGCGGCGGGUGGACCAACACGGUGCUGAAGGCGUCAGGGCUGCGCAAGCUCCCGCUGGCUAUGUCCAACGAGCAGACGACGUACUUUGCGCCGCGGCCCGGAUCGGGCAUCGACCACAGCGCCGCAGCGAUGCCGACGUUCAUCGGGCACUACUUUGACGACACGCCCCGCGGGUUCUACGGCAUUCCGGCGGUCCGCGGCGGGGUGUCGGGCGUCAAGGUGGCGGUAAUGAACGAGGGCGAGGCGCUGAGCGAGCGGCCGGAUCCAGCCACGCGCGACUUUGGCAUCAACAGGCGGAUGCUGGGCUUGGCGCGGGAGUUUGCGGACGAGCUCUUCCCGGGCCUCAACGCCUCGGUUGUCACCGCCAUCCGGUGCAUCUACUCCAACUCGCCAGACUUUGACUUUAUCCUCGGUGAGCACGUCGAGCACUCGGACGUGGUGGUCGGGGCCGGGUUUUCGGGCCACGGCUUCAAGUUUGGGCCAGCGAUCGGGCAGGUCCUUGCCGACUACGCGCUCGGGACGGACGAGGUUCUCGACCGGGAGGUGCACAGCGGCAAGUUCUCUGCGGCACGGUUUUCUCCGACUUAAAAGCGGAAGCCGCCC